AAAUCUAGACAUAAUCCAUAAUUUACACACGAUGUGAUUUAUAGUAGCCAAGUAUCCAAGUAUCAGGCCAUUGAAAGAUGAGGAGCAACCUCUGGUCGUUAGUCCUCCUGCCCAAGUGGUGUCAGUGUUGGUCUUGAAGGGGAAUCUUUCAUGGCCCAUGGAUGUCUCGGGUUUCAGUACUCCGUUGGCAGUGGCAGCCAGGGGAGGAGGGAUACUGAGUUGAACACCGAAGUGAAUACCAAACUUCACGUUGGCUGCCCAGGUACGAACACUGUGUAGAAACGCAGCCUAGAUUGCAUUUUACUGACUGUUCCAUUAUAAUAUUGCUAAACUUUUGUGGAAUCGCUGUCCUGCAGUUCAUGAUCGGUUCCAAAAGAGGAGGUGGAAGCGAGCGGCGUCUCUGAAACGCCAGUGUUCGGAGCUCGUGAAGAGUUGAGAGAAAAUGCCACCUUUUUCAUGGAGGCUGCUGCUCCUGCUGGCUUCUGUGCCUCUGGCUCUGGCUGAGUCGGAUGGCUCCUCGGUCCUGGAGGGAUGGCAGGACAUGUGGCUCUUCAAGUUCCUGCUCAACGUCCUGGGCUAUGCCACCAUCCUCAUCCCCGGAUACUUCCUCAUCAGCUACUUCAAAAGGAUCAACUACCUGGAGACAGGUCGUGGGCUAUGCUUCCCUGUCAUAAAGGCCUGUGUUUUUGGUCAUGAGAGCAAGACAGGACUGCUGGAUGACGAGUCCAUCGCCUCGCGCAGCGACUCGGAGUCCUCCUCCACUUCCUCCAGACAGGCCUUCAAGCUGGUCUUCUGUGCGGCCGGACUGCAGGUCUCCUACCUGACAUGGGGCGUGCUGCAGGAGCGCGUGAUGACUCGUGCGUACGGCGCGGUGCCGGGCCCGGAGGGGGAUGUCAACGGCAGCGCUGGUGAGCGCUUCAAGGACUCCCAGUUCCUGGUCUUCAUGAACCGCAUCCUGGCCCUGACGGUGGCCGGCCUGUGCUGCGUGCUGGUCAAGCAGCCUCGGCACGGCGCGCCCAUGUACAAGUACUCCUUCGCCUCGCUCUCCAACAUCCUCAGCAGCUGGUGCCAGUACGAGGCCCUCAAGUACAUCAGCUUCCCCACACAGGUGUUGGCCAAGGCGUCCAAGGUGAUCCCGGUCAUGCUGAUGGGCAAGCUGGUGUCCCAUAAGACCUACGAGUACUGGGAGUACCUCACGGCGGCGCUCAUCUCGGUGGGCGUCAGCAUGUUCCUGCUGUCCAGCUCCAGCAGCAAGCACCCCUCCACCGUCACCACCUUCUCCGGCGUCGUCAUCCUGGGCGGCUACAUCAUGUUCGACAGCUUCACCUCCAACUGGCAGGACAACCUCUACAAGUAUAAGAUGUCAUCGGUGCAGAUGAUGUUUGGCGUGAACCUGUUCUCCUGCCUGUUCACGGUGGGCUCCCUGCUGGAGCAAGGGGCGCUGUUCGACUCGCUGGCCUUCAUGCUGCGCCACUCGGAGUUUGCGCUGCAUGCCAUGCUGCUGUCUGUGUGCUCGGCGUGCGGCCAGCUCUUCAUCUUCUACACCAUCGGGCAGUUUGGCGCCGCUGUCUUCACCAUCAUCAUGACGCUGCGGCAGGCCAUGGCCAUCCUGCUCUCCUGCUUCCUGUACGGCCACGCCGUCUCGCCCGUGGGUGCCCUGGGCGUGGGCGUGGUCUUCCUGGCGCUCUUCCUGCGCAUCUACGCCCGCGGACGCAAGAAGAGCGGCGGCGGGAAGAGGCAAGCGCCGCCACCCCUGCAGAAGGUGUGAGAGGAUGACCAUGAUGAUGAUGAUGAUGAUGAUGAUGGAGAUUAUGAAGAUGAUUGAGAUGGAGAGGACCAGAGGAGGGCCCUGGACAGAGAGCAAGAGAGAGAAAGGGAGAGAACAGGUAGAUGAGGUUUGGCAGGACUCAUCACACUUCUGGUGGGGAGUUUUGUCAUGAAGGUGUGAGAAGAUGGUGGUGGUGGUGGAGUAGGGGAGGCAGCAGGACUGGAGGGAUGGACAGUCGGGUUACACGGCGUGGCGGGACAAAAGGGAGAGACUUUUUGUACAGGCGCCACAUUUUCCGUGGCGAGCUUUGUUGUCUGUCCUGGUCUCAACUUGGUUUUAUUAUAAUUUUUUUGCUUUUUUUUUCAGUUCUGUCAUUCAACACGUACGGCCUCAUUUGUCCUUUUUUUGUUUGUUGUUUUGGGAGGGGAGUCAGUGAGUUAGUUUUGUACUGUUCAAAAGGGUACUCAAAGGGAUGUUGCCUUCUUUUGGGGUUGGCGGGUGAGAGGAUGGGGCUGUGUCCCAAAUGUUCACUUUAUCCACUACUAAGUGACCUACAUAGGGGCCUGAUCGACAUGGAUUUGUUCCCUAUGUACUAGUACCCUCUGUAGUGUUUGAGUGAGCAUUGGGCCCAUUUUGGGAGACGAUAAGGGAUUGGGUGAGGGCUGUAGCUGUAAGCUUGCACCUCUUUUCUACUGCCAGUUUUCUAGUCGGCCUACAGCGUGAUUUGGACGUCACUUUUUGGUCUUCGAUUGAGCUGUGUCGUGCCUAGUUGAAAAGCAAAAAUUGGCCAAGUCGCGCUGUGUCGAGCUGUAGGCCUACCAGAAUACUGGCAGUAGAAAAUAGGCCUUAGUGUCAGAGCAGGCUCUCAGAAUGGUUGACGCAGACAGACGCACACAAACAAAACCGAGCAGAGCUAACUUCAACACUAGUGGGGCUGCUCUAUUCUCAAGCUGCCUUUUUGACAGAAGUUCUAACAAGUGAAAUCGUCACAUUGAAAUUUGGGCAUCCAAUGCCGUGUUGGAACAACCAGCAUAUCCAGUAAGGUCACAUUCCCCCUCCAUACCAUCCCAUACCUGUACACAUGUCAUUGUCUUUGCUGCGUUAGAGUCAUUGACUUUGUAGUAGCAGAUGUCACCUGGUGCAACACACUGCAGGUAAUGCCGCUGCAUUAAAUUAGCAUCAUUUUUGGCUCGAUUUAUAAAAUUACAUUCAUUCCAUGUACUGUAAAUGAAACAUGUACAAUGAAAUACAUUUCCAACUUCAAGCAAUAGUGGUAUUAGCUGUGGUUGCACCACCCUGACGUCUGCUUCUGAAAACCUCAAUAGACCCAUUGGUACAAGACAGAGAGGAUGGCGCUCUGACUGAGGACUUAUAGCAUCAUAUGCCUCUUUUCCACUGCCGUUUUUCUGGUAGGCCUGCAGCUCGACAAAGUCAGACUCUGCCGCCACUUUUUGCUUUUCGAAUAAACACGAUACAGCUCAAUCGCAAAGCAAAAAGUGGCGGCCGAGUCGCACUAUGUCGAUCUGUAGUCCUACCGGAAAACCGGCAGCGGAAAAAAGGCAUUAGUUAGCUAAAGCCAUGAAGCACAACCCCCCCCCCCCCCCCCCCUUUAGCCCCUCAUUAUUUCCACCCUGAUAUCCAUUUACGGCUCGCUUUUCUGUUAAGUUUUGUUUUGUUUUUUUACUCUCUUCUUCCUAUUAACAUGAAUGUUUGAAUGGAAUUGGCCCGCCAUGAGCACUAACAUUAGCAUGCUGUGGCGAGUUCAUGUACCAAGAAAACUGGUACAGUCAUGUCGUUCACCGUGCAAUGUAGUAUGUACUGAUAUGUAUGUGUAUACAUAGUAGAGAUUCGGAGUCUUAGUAGGUCAAGUGUGAGAGAAGGGGUCAGACCCUUGAUGGAAAAAAAAAAGGGUAACACUUUACUGGACGCCGGCAUUGUACGUAUGUCAUAACAGUUUCAUAAUAGUGUCGUAACACAGUCAUGCAUGUCAUAAACAUUUUGUCAAUGUCGUAAACAUUUUAAGCUAAGACGGCCAU